UAACGUGCUCUAUAAAAUUUCUGUUAAAUUACCUGCAUAAUUGUUUGAUUGUUUCAACUGUGCUCUGUUUAGGGUUUAAUUUGACAUUUCAGCCACGACGAUGGCUUAUUCCAAGUUCGAUGAUAAUCUCGAAUUUGACGACGAUAUUGGCGCAGAUAGUAGUGGGAAGAUCGAUUACAGUCUCUUGAAGGAAGAAGAAAUUUGGCUUCUCCAGGAAGAUGACGUCAACGAAAUCUCCAGCGCACUUUACCUGCCGAGAGGGGAGGCUCGCGUUUUGUUACUCAUGCACGAUUGGAGCGUGAGCAGAGUGCUGGAGAACUGGUUCUCCGAUGAGGAAAGGGUCCGAAAAGCGGCGGGAUUGCUGCCGGUAGACCAAAUCUCCCAGAUCCGAUUUCCGGAAAACGACGAAUUCCGUUGCAAAAUUUGCUUCGACAACUACCCUCUCGGCUUAAAAACCGUCGCAUCCUGCGGCUGCGGCCAUGUUUUCUGCGUCGGUUGUUUCGAAUCGUGGAUUCAUUCAUUGAUCAGCGAUGGACCGGGCUCUCUCUUCCGGCUCCGCUGCCCCGAGGUCGACUGCAACGCCGCGGUGCCGGAAGAGAUUUUGGAGUCCGUCGCCCGAGAUGAGGACAAAAUUAAGUACCGGCGAUUUCUCCUCCGAUCCUACGUGGAGCAGAAUCAGAUAAUCAAAUGGUGUCCGGGGCCGGGGUGCGAUUACGCGGUGAAAUUCGAUACGUGGAACACGGAGAACUGUGGCGUCGAGUGCGAGUGCACGACCGCGUUCUGCUGGAAGUGCACGGAGGACAGCCACCACCCGGUGGAUUGCGACACCGUGCGGAGGUGGAUGGUGAAGGCCACCUCCGAGUCGGAGAAUUUGAAUUGGAUUCUGGCCAACUCCAAGCCUUGUCCCAGGUGUAAACGCGCUAUCGAGAAGAACAAUGGAUGCAUGCACAUGACCUGCAUUGCUCCCUGCCAUUACCAAUUCUGUUGGAUCUGCCUGAAAUCGUGGGAGAAUCACGGCUGCAACCGGUGGGAGAGGGCCGAAGGAACCGCAUUGACUGAUGAUGAGAAGAUGCAGGAGAAGGCAAAGCUGACCUGGAAAAAGUAUAUGCAUUUCUUCGCGCGCUGGGAAGCCAACGACAGAUCCAGAAAGACUGCGGUAGCAGACUUGCGCAAGGUGCGGCAGGACUCUGCCGCACCUUACGCAUGCUCUUCACAGCUGCAAAACACAUCGUUGCGGCAAAUUGUGGAAGAAGCGUGGGAGCAGAUUGUGGAGUGCCGGAGAAUGCUGAAAUGGACGUACGCCUACGGGUACUACCUGCCGGAGGAUGAGAAUGAGGCGGCGAGACGGCAACUGUUCGAGUACUCGCAAGGCGAGGCAGAGAGUAUGCUGGAGAGGCUCCACCGGUGUGCAGAGACAGAGCUCGCUGAAAUUCGCGAGGAGGAGGAGAAGGAGGACGGGGGAUCCGUCGAGGCAUUCCGCCGGAAGCUCGUGAAUCUGACUAGGAUUACUAAGCACUUCUUCGACAAGUUAGGGGCAGAGUUGGAGAACAAUCCUCUCUCCCACGAGGAUCCGCUGCCGUCAAAGAAGGGUGGGAAGCCAUCGUCGGCCAACAAAAUUAGAUUUAGCAAAACUAAAAAGAAAAGGCAACCAUAAAUUUGAAUAAAGUUGAUGUUGAAAUUUGAAUAAUUUAAAGACAAACAACUUCUCAAAUACUACGUAAAACGGUAGUAGCAUUUCCUAAUUCAAAAUUCAUGUUUGUAUCCUUCUUAAAUUCACUUUUGUAUUCAUC